AUGCCCGAAGACGAUUAUGGCAGAGGGUACGUUGUUCAACCUGUUGGGCAGGUUGAAGUAGAUGCUGGAGGGGGUAGUGACAUGGAACCUGGACAUGAGGAUGAAGAUCCUGAAAUGGAGGAAGAAAUUGAUGAUGAAGAAGAAGACCAAGAUGGUGAAGUUCAGGAACUGCCGCCAUCUACUUCACAGAAGAGGAAGAGAGAUGAUGAAGAUGGUGAUGAUGAGGAAGAGGAAGAUGAUGACACAGUCGAGUGCCCAAAGUCAUCAAAGCACCAUUAG